AUGCCGGAGCUGGAAGACACAUCUUCGCGAAAGGAUAGCAUAACAGUGUCAAGUACAGAGGACACUGAGAAGGGCACGACCGACGAAUCAGGUGACAGCAGUGGCACUGCUUUCGGGAAACACACGCUCCAACAACAGACUACGAUCAUAGAAAGAACGGGUUAUCGAAAAGAUGGCGACGAGAAAAACAAAGAAGCAGACGACAAGCCUAUUGAUGCCUGUGAUUUGUUUCUCCAGUCGGAAGAAUUCAGAAAUCAAGAACCCUGCAAAACGGAAACGCCCGAAAGCAUGAAUUCUAAUCAAAGACAAGAAACUCCACUUGUAGCUAUUGAUACAAACCUAACAGUUGAUUCUCCGGCUAGCAGCGAAAUAUUAAGUGAUGAACCAACACCGACGAAUGAUCGGACGAAUCAACUACGGGCGUUUUACAUACCCGAUCGCAGUCAGAAAAGUAGGGCUAAGUUUUUUUGCGUCGCAGACAGGGAAAAAACGAAGGAGAAUGAAACUGAGAUUGAUAUUAACGAAGAAAAAGAGAAAAGGGAUGAAAUUCAACAACAGGAACAUCAGCAGUCCCCAGACUCAGAAAUAAAAUCUAGCGGUCCAGCUUCGCCAUCAGAAGAGAAAGCAAACGACGGAAAUGAAACCAAAGACAAUGUGAUCGCAAAAACUUGCCCGGAAGGGACCAAUAUGAAAACAGAACAAAAAAGAAAUUUAAGAAUAUCACUGACUUCGGAGGAAGUCUCGGAGAUUUUUCAGAACUUCCAAACAAGACUUAACGAUGAGGCUUGCUCCAACAGCAAACCCUCAAGCCACAGGCAGGAAGCCGAAGACGAAGUAAAGGAUAUGAACGGGUCUGACCGGAAGGAUCACGAAAACGGCGACGAAACCUCAGAUGACGAUGACCACCGGAAGGAACGCACGAAACAUAUUAGCAGCUUGACCCUUAGCGACAUCGACAGUUCCCUUCCGGAAACGUUACCGGAACUUGCAGAUUUACAAAACUUUCUGGAGUAUAUUAAAAUUGGGGAACAGCCGACGAGAGGCGAGACACCACCCUUUUCACCCAAAGCUGAAACAGGUCGCUCGUCACCUAAUGAAAACUCGAACAGCCGCCGUCUGUCUCGUAUUUCACCGGCGAUUACCGACAGGUCUGUUACCGAGUCGGACCUGGAUAUUUCCGAACAGCGUGAUGACCUCAGUACAGACAGCAACAUCUUCGCUGACGACGAGGAUGAGUCGUCUUCGGAACUUCUCUUCACGAAAACCUACACUGAACCGGACCAGGGCGGCGAGGUGUGUGUCAGUUGCACUGUUGUCAACACCAACGCUGACGAUGACAGCGACGAGUUUUGGGCCGAGAAUUCAGCCAGUGAAGAAGUUUACCGGCGGAUCGAAUCGUCCACGCAAGCAGUGACCACGGUUUUCGACAAUGCGCGUCUGCAGAUGCAAGAUAUUCAUAGCCACCUGCAUAAUCUCCGUUUGCAAAUGGAAAGUCUACAGGAAUCUCUGGAUAAUGCCUCUAUUCUAAGCCAGGAGUACUACAAUAUGGACAAUGACCAAGUCACGUCGCAAGAAUUUUACUCCCUUGAAAAAGGUUUGUUAGUUUCGCAAGAAUAUUUCUCGAGAAGCCAGAAGGCACAGGUGACAACUGAAGAGUAUUCUCCCGUGGAUAUUGGUCCGGUAUUAACGGAAGAAUAUUAUUCGUCAACACUGGGCAAGCCACCUCUGUUGUAG